CCAGGAGCGACUAAAUUGCGCGCUCAGAGCGGCGGCGCGUCACUGCGGCUCAUCACACACAGCGCGCGCUCAACUCCACCGCAGGACAGGGUCUCGCGGGGCUGCGGCGCGUUCACGGGCGGCGCGCGCCGACACACACGGACAAACCCGGGACCGAAGGAGACUCCGCGCGCGACAUAUCGCAAGACAGACAGACAGACAGACAGACAGCGCGCGCGUGUAUCCGGGGACAGAGUCAGCAGACUGCCUUCCCUUAAACACUCCCAUUUGUCAAGUUGGUCUGAACCGAGACGCGCGCGCUCCUCCGGCUGGAUACCGUGUACGGAUUAACCGCUUAAAGUGGGAUUUGCCUCAAAAAACCAUUACAAUGAAAUAAAAGUAAUAAUAAUAAUUACAGUCAUUAUAAGAAGACGUGCGCUCACCUCCCUCCCUCCCUCCAUCCAUCCAUCCGUCCGUCCGUCUAUCCAUCCAUCCAUCCAUCCUUCCCCCUCCUGUGGAUUGUCUUCUUGUUGUUAUUAUUAUUUUUUAUUUUCUAUAAGUUUCAAGAUGACCUCGGGCUGUUUACUCAGGUCUCUCCUGAUGCUCUUCCUGGCGCUUCUCUCCGCCAACGCCAGCAACUGGCUAUAUCUGGCUAAGCUGUCGUCCGUGGGGAGCAUCUCGGAUGAGGAGACCUGCGAGAAGCUACGAGGUCUCAUCCAGAGGCAAGUGCAGAUCUGCAAACGCAACGUGGAGGUGAUGGACGCCGUACGCCGAGGCGCUCAGCUCGCCAUUGACGAGUGCCAGUACCAGUUCCGUAACCGGCGGUGGAACUGCUCCACGUUGGAUUCCAUGCCCGUCUUCGGCAAGGUGGUCACGCAAGGCACGAGGGAGGCAGCGUUUGUGUACGCCAUCUCUGCUGCGAGCGUUGCGUACGCGGUGACCAGAGCGUGCAGCAGCGGGGAGCUUGAGAAGUGCGGUUGCGACCGAAACGUGCACGGCGUGAGCCCUCAGGGUUUCCAGUGGUCAGGGUGCUCCGAUAACAUCGCCUACGGAGUCGCCUUCUCGCAGUCCUUCGUGGAUGUCAGGGAAAGAAGCAAAGGGCAGUCGUCCAACCGAGCUCUAAUGAAUCUCCAUAAUAACGAGGCAGGGAGGAAGGCGAUUCUGAACCACAUGCGAGUCGACUGCAAGUGCCACGGUGUUUCCGGCUCGUGCGAAGUCAAGACCUGCUGGAAAGCCAUGCCCCCCUUCCGCAAGGUUGGCAACGUCAUCAAGGAGAAGUUUGACGGUGCCACCGAGGUGGAGCAGCGCAAAGUGGGCACCACUCGAGCUCUGGUUCCGCGCAACUCGCAGUUCAAACCGCACACAGACGAGGACCUGGUCUAUUUGGACCCGAGCCCCGACUUCUGCGAGCACGACCCGAGGACGCCAGGCAUGCUGGGAACGGUGGGCCGCUACUGCAACAAGACCUCGAAAGCCAUCGACGGCUGCGAGCUCAUGUGCUGCGGGCGCGGCUUCCACACGCAAGAGGUGGAGGUGGUAGACCGGUGCAGCUGCAAAUUCCACUGGUGUUGCUACGUCAAAUGCAAACAGUGCCGCAAGAUGGUAGAGAUGCACACGUGUCGGUGAUGUGAUGCUCUCCUUCAAACCUGUCCACUUAAUGGAACUUAAUGGAAAACAAUCCCUCUUUCCUUCUUUGACUCCAAAUAGAAUAAAAGAAAAGAAAAAAGGGAAGAUAGAUAUUCACGAAUUCAUCCGGUUAUAAAAGAACAUGUCAUACAUGGGACACAAUUUUAGGGGCAAAUAGAGUUCUUUUUUAUUUCAAGUCCCACUUGAGAGUAUUUUUCUCUCCUUUUUUUUGUGGUUACUUUCUUAUUUUUGUAUUGUUUUCUAACUUAUUGGAAUCGGAGUGAUGAUGAUGAUUAUUAUUAUUAUUAUUUUUUGUAAUGUGAUUAGCUCCAGUGGGAGUGGUCUAAGGGUGGACAAUUGGAUGGAGGUCGGACGGACAUGUGAACUCCAGGGUGGUUGAAGGAGAUGAGGAGACUUUCCCCUCCCACUAUCGAUGCUGCUUUAGGAUCUUAUCUGGAGUCACAGACAUCAAGGGAAUUUCUAACAGACUGAGAUGCAGUCCAGGUGUACAUCUAGUAUAUCAUUUCUCAUGUCAACGACAAAAAAGGAAAAAAAAAGCUGUUUUUAAAAAAUAGAGAUAGAGGUGGCCAUUUUUAUGCUGCUUUUAAAAAAAUCACUCACAAGUAAUGUACAGCGUUGGAUUUUUUGGAGUAUUAAGAAGUUUCUCUUCUUUUUUUUUUUUUUUUUGGGGGGGGGAGGAAAAAGCGUGGUGUUUUUCCAUGGGGUGUCACAAGGCAAAAUCAGAAGGCAGGAUUUUAAAAAAAAAACAAAAAAAAACAUUGAAAACAGGUUAUUGGCAUGGAUCUGCAAUGAUGUUUCCAAAACCAUGAUAAAUGAGUUGUUUUGUCCGACCAUGGAUGCUGUGCACGGGGACUCCAGCACUUUUCAUCUCCAGACGCACAUACCGCAAAGAUUAAAAAAAAAUAAAAAAUCUCAGAGCAUUCCCUCUUCCAAUAAACAUGAUGCAGAGUGACUGAACUAUUUAUGACCAUGUACAAAAAGAAAAAAAAAAUACAAAACCUAAUUCUACAGUUUUCUAUAGAACAACCUUGUUAUACAGCACGCUUAGAUCUGUACAAGACUUUAUACACUGAAGAGGACGAUACUGCAUAUGAAUGUACGUUUAAAUGAAAUAUACGCCUUUUGAAAGAUGAGAGAACGAGACCUGGUCUGUUUCUU